UUACUGUAGUACAGGAUGCUGUGUAGAUUUCUCUCAGGCGCAAUUAUGGCAGUUACUUUGCAAUUGCCGAAGGCUAACAGAAUGCGUGAUUUUGAAAGUUAUUAAAUAUGCGUUGGAAUGUUAUAAGUAUUUGCAGCCUUAUUUAUGGCGCACUUUAAUACUGCAGGAUAAAUGGGAGGAUCUGUUUCUGAAAGCUGACGUGUGGUUGGUCAAUUCCUAUCCAUCUUCACAGAAAAGGGUGGGUCUGGAGACUGGAGGGAAGGAAGCAUGUUUAAAAUUAACCCUUUUAACAAACAGUGUUGUCAAGGCAGAUUCAGCAUCUUUCUGGAGCGUCUCCCCACCUCUGCUGUUUGUGUCAGAGGCGGAUGUUUGCAGCUUAGUCUGGAAGACUGACAGUGACACGGGAUUGGUUACAUUGAUUGGAUACAUUUUUGGUGAAUGUAUCAACUGCUGCGGCGCGGCUAACAUCAGGAUCGGGAGCACAAUGAGCAAGCCUGGGGAGCAGGACAAGGUCGACGUCUAUCGGGAUACUUGGGUCCGUUUUCUGGUAACUUGUCUGAUAUUUCAACUCUUUGGUGGUUCAGGAUAUGCUAAUGAAGUUGGUGAAGCUUUCCGGGCACUAGUUCCUGUAGGACUGGUCUGGGCUACUUAUGGCAUAUCAACUGCAUAUGUUACAGCUGAUGCAGUUGACAAGGGGAAGAAAGCAGCUGUUGCUCAUGGAGACAAACCUGGAAAAACAAUGACUGUCAGUGUCGCUGUGGUGGAUACGUUCAUCUGGCAAGCAUUGGCCUCAGUUAUAAUUCCAGGAUUCACCAUCAAUCGAUUAUGUGCAGCUUCCCUUUUCUUACUUCGGAAAACUACAAGGUGGCCACUGCCUGUGAGAAAGUGGACGACAACUGCUAUUGGCCUGUCUGCCAUCCCAGUCAUUAUAACUCCUAUUGACCGGUCUGUGGACUUUCUUUUGGAUUCUACAUUAAGAAAGUUAUAUGGAUCAGAAGAAAAACACAAACCGUAACCAAAGGCAAUUGGAACUGUAGCCAGUUUAAUAUUUGUGUACGUUGUAAAGCUUUAAAUUACAUUGCAAAGCAAUGAACCCUGUACUCCAACUCUGGAGAACUAGUCUCCAUUUUUAAGACGAUGGGCUUUAGAUGCUGGAAAGUAGAUGCUUGUUUGUCUUUGUAACUACAUUGCUGUACAAUAUUGAUUUUGUGCAGGAAAAUUGAAAACAUCUUUACACACACUCA